CGAGCGAUACAGUAUAAACAUUGUUGAGCGUUGUAUAAUUAAAUUUUCCUUGAAAUUUUUUGUGAAAUUUGAUUCCGAUUACAAUAAGUGAUCAAAAAUAUCAUCUCAUGUUAAUAUUCGUUAAGAGUAAAACUCGUAUUUUAAAUUCGCGUGUGCACAUGUGACUAUGAAUGUAUGUAUGUGCGUGUCGGUUUUAUGUAUAUAUAACGGUUAUCUCAUUAUCUUACACACGUAUUAAUAACGCAAGGUGAAAGAUAGUCGAAUAGACACCACCGCUCUUAUUCAUUUGAAAAGCAACUUUUAGAAUUGGACUGAAUAUAUCUAAGUUAAGAAAUAGUCAUGAUUUCUUAUCGCUUUCUGUUUGCUGUGUUUUUAUUGAUUAUUCUCAUCGCUUUAAAUCUGGUACUCGCAUAUGAUAAUGUCAAUAUAGACGGAAACAAAAAUUUGAACGAGAUUUCCGCACGAUAUCGACUACCCAAGGAAAUCAUUCCCGUAUUAUAUGAUUUAUCGAUUUACACUAAUCCCAGUAAAGCGGACUACGAUGGUCACGUACGAAUCACCUUGCAAGUACUGGAAAAAACAGACUUUAUCGUUCUGCACACAGAUACAUUAAUCGUACAAUCAAAUGCAUUUUUAUCAGAUAAAUCAGGUCGAUUGAUUCCAAUUUUGCAUUACGUUUACGAUCAAGAAACGCAGAUGCUUACGAUUAAACUCGAAUGCACACUGAAACCUGCAAAAUACACGAUAGAAUUAUCCUUUAAAGGAUACAUCGCAAAUGAUGUUUUCGGCUUUUACGCAAGUCUAUACGAAAUUGAAGGAAAACUUAGACGAAUUGGCGUAACUCAGUUUUCGCCCACGUAUGCACGUCGUGCAUUUCCAUGUAUGGACGAGCCACAUUUAAAAGCGGAAUUCCAAGUCCGAAUUGGUCAUCAUAAAUAUCAAAAUGCGACGAGUAAUACUCCAGUGGAAUCUAUACAAAUAAAAAAUGAUACUUACUAUGUGACCACAUUUCGCCGCACGCCGCGAAUUUCCACAUACUUGGUAGGAUGGACAGUGCACAACUUUGUUCUGGAGCAAUCAAGAAUUUCGGAGAAUUUCAAGAUGUGGACGAGAGACUCCAUGAAGUUUCGCGGAUCGAUGGCCUUGAAUCGCGGCCAGACAGUCUUCUCGGCACUGCAGACGUGGUUAUCGGUGAAGAGCCCGCUCGAGAAGGUCGAUCAAUUUGCAAUACCGGAUUUCAAUUUUAACGCGAUGGAGAAUUGGGGCCUUGUCACUUACCGGGAAUCCAUAGUAUUGCACGAAAACGGAAUCACGCCGACAAGAAUAGUGUUGAAUGGAUUAACAACGAUGGCUCACGAGUACGCUCACACCUGGUUCGGAAAUUUGGUGACACCCAAAUUCUGGGAUGUCGUCUGGCUGAAAGAGGGUUUUGCUACGUAUUUCCAAUACUUUGGUGUAUCCAUAGCGGAACCGGAUCUGAGAAUUAUGAAUAUGUUUACGGUAGAUUGUCUUCAACCGGCGCUACUCGCUGAUUCCGAUGAUCAUAGGCGUACACUGAACGGUCGAGAGGUCGGAAACCGUAGCAGCAUUAUGGCUACUUUGGAUUUUGUUUCUUAUAAAAAAGGUGGAUCCGUAAUUCGUAUGACCAAUUAUAUCAUCGGAAAUAUAGCAUUUCAGUUAGGUUUACAGAGUUAUUUGCGCGAGAUGUCAUAUCAAGCAACACUUCCAUCCGAUUUGUAUCGACACUUACAGACUGCAUCAGACAAAUCAGGACAACUGUCUAAGCAUUUGCUUAUAAAAGAUAUCAUAGAAUCCUGGGCAAAUCAGCCAGGGUAUCCCCUAGUAACCAUUACGCGGAACUACACCACGAAAGCUCUUUUCGCCUCGCAAGAACGAUUUUAUCUGAGUCGCCAUAUAACGCAAACAGACAAAUCUGGUUGGUGGAUACCGUUAACUUUUGUAAUUGAAGAAUCGAAUUCCACAUUUGAUCGAAUCAAUAUAGUAGCAUGGUUGAAGCCACAGGUCAAGAGCGCGAUAAUUGGUUCUUUCGAGCCAAAUUCAUGGGUGAUUUUCAACGUUCAGCAAAUUGGGUAUUAUAGAGUCAAUUAUGAUGAGAAAAACUGGAAGAUGCUUAUCGAUUAUCUGAGAUCAAAAAAUUUUAAAAAAAUACACGUGGCAAAUAGAGCUGCACUUCUAGAUGACGCCUUUAAUUUAGCUAGAGCCGGUUAUGUGAAUUAUUCCAUUCCAUUUGAUAUUGCGACGUAUCUUAUUCAUGAAACCGAAUACGAACCGUGGGUUGCUGCAAUAAAUAACUUUAAUUUUCUCAAUCAUAUUCUCGCUAGCUCGCCGCGAGUACAACAAUUUUUUCAAGCCUAUGCAAAUCACAUACUUAAAUCUAUAUACCAUUUACUAAGCUUUGUCGAAAAUCCCGCAGACAGUUCGACAAUAAAAAUACAUCGCGAAUUAAUCUUAUCGGCUGCGUGCUUGGUCAACAACAUCCACUGCCUAAAAAAAUUAAAAACUUUAUUUGAUUCUUGGAUUUCUAUGUCGGAGAAAAGAGUAUCAGCAAAUCUCAAGAGUUUCGUAUAUUGUACGGGCAUUCGCGCAGGUGAUGAUAAUGAUUGGCAUACAGUUUGGAAUCGAUUCCUCCGCACUGAUCUACAUACAGAACAAGAGCUCUUGCUAAAUGCACUCGGAUGUACUAAAAAUCCACAAUUAAUCGAGAAAUAUCUUAAUAUGUCCAUAACUCAUGAAUCCAAUAUCCGCAAACAAUAUAGGAUGAUGAUAAUUAAUGCAGUUUUGAAUGGCAAUCCUGAAAAUGUGAAUUAUGUUAUCGAUUUUAUCCACAAUAAUUUGCAUGCAGUUCUAAAAUUAAGAGGAAUAAAUUUCUUAAAUAAAAUGUUUGCUGCUAUAGGAAAUAAGAUUAUAACAGAAGUUCAAUUAAAUAAGUUUUGCUCUUUUAUUGACAAGAAUAUCAAAAACCUAAAAUCAGCAUUGAAUUCAGCAAGAAAGGCCAUAGCUGUUUCUGAAGCGUCCAUAACAUGGAUUCAUGAAUUUUUACCUGCAAUCGAGGAAGCAUUAUUAGCUAAUUAA